AUGGCGGUAGAAGAGGUAGAGCACGUACCCGAAGGCACAGCAUCGCCCGGAAAAGCAUUGUUCAUGCUGCUCAAAGCCUUUGUCGGCACUGGCGUUAUUUUCUUACCGGGAGCAUUCGUAUCGGGGGGUCUGGUCUUUUCGAUCUGCCUGAUGAUAUUUAUUGCCACCAUUUGCUUGGUUGCCUUCCAAAUCCUUAUCAUUUCGCAGCGGCAAGUGAACGCUUCGUACGGAGACAUGGGCCUGAUUCUGUACGGUCCAUGGCUGCGCUACAUUAUACUGUUCUUCUUGUGCUUAUCCCAGAUGGGCUUCGUCGCCUCCUACCUGAUCUUCAUCUCGCAGAACAUCGGCUUGGCUGUCGACUACUUGACCCACUGCGCAUCGCCCAUUGACAGCAAGUACUAUAUCUGGAUCGUCCUCUGUGCCGUCAUCCCCAUCACCUGGGUCCGCAAGAUUGCGCGUCUCUCCUGGUGUGCCAUCAUUGCCGACGUCUUUAUUCUCUUUGGCUUGAUCUGCGUCCUGUACUUUUCAGCCUCAGAAAUCGCCCAAAAUGGCCCCGGACCCAACAUCCAAUUGAUUAAUUCAAGUGACUUUGCACUCAUGAUUGGCACUGCUGUCUUUUCCUUUGAAGGCAUAGGCAUGGUUGUUCCCAUUGUCGAAGGUAUGAAAGAGCCUGACAAGUUUCGAAGGGUCAUGAACAUUGGUCUUCCACUUGUGGCCGUUAUUUUCAUCUUGAUCGGUACGAUUGGCUACUUGGCCUUUGGCGAUCAGACCUAUGCCAGUGUUGUCGCCAAUUUGCCCAAAGUGCCGCUAUCGAUCACCGCCCAGCUUUUGUACGCUGCCGCCAUGAUUCUGACGUCUCCUUUCAUGCUCUAUCCUGCACUGACCAUCAUCGAACAGGCGCUCUUUGGAAAGAGCGGCUUGCUUGGCUAUCGAAGUGGACGCAUCGCAUUCAAGUGGAAGGUUGCAAAAAGCUUUACACGGUCCAUGGUCGCCCUUGUCUGUGCUGCCGUCAGCUUCGCAGUCGGUGCAGACGGGUUGGACAAAUUCGUUGCGCUCGUCGGAUCACUGGCAUGCAUUCCUCUCUGCUUUAUUUUCCCCGGAAUGUUCCAUUACAAGGUGACAAAGAACAAAUGGGUUAAAAUCGGUGACGUUAUCCUGGUCUUGUGGGGAAUGGGGAUCAUGGUAUACACGCUCUACGUCAACAUCAACUCUUGGGUUCAUCCUUCAAGCGCUUCACGGCCAGUCCCGGACCCCUGUCCUGCAUAA